AUGUAUAAUCGUGUAGAUGAAGUCACCGGUGAAAUCAAGAAGGAGUACAAGGAAGGGCUCACCGGAUUUAUGCAAUUUGCUACAAAUCAAGAAAUCUCUCGUGAACAAGGUAAAAUGAGUUGUCCUUGUAGCAAAUGUGAUAACGAGAAAUUCAUUAAUAUUGAGACUGUAUGGAAGCAUUUGUUUUGGAAAGGAUUCACACCCGGGUAUUAUAUAUGGUUUUCACAUGGAGAGGAUUUUGGAACAUUGCCUAGUACUAGUCAUGUUAAUAUAGGCGAGUGUGGAAAUGAAAGAGUAGAAAAUAUGGUUUUAGAAGAAGAAAAUACAAUGAAUAUGGAAGAAGAUAAUGGUGGUAACAUAGUUAGAGAUGUGUUUCGUGAAACCAUUGAUGGGGCUAAUAUUGCUGAGGAACCAAAUGAAGAAGCAAAGCGGUUUUAUGAUAUUCUACAAGCCGCUAGGAAUCCGAUCUAUGAAGGAUGCAAAGAUGGUUUAUCAGCUCUAUCAGCUGCAACUAGAUUUUGCUAA